AUGUCUAUCUCCGGCGACGUUGAGAUGUUCGAUAUCCCAAGCGAAGAGAUCCGCAAGUUCCAAGGCGAUGAGCCAUGGGCUUUCGGCCACGACGAAGACGAAAGUCAAGAGGAACGAACAGCCCGUUGGAUCCGUGAGUACCGUGAGCAAGACCAAGCUGAACAGUUCGAUCCAGUUCAAAUCAUUGACCUCCACCAGCCGCACGACCGCGCACUGCUCCUCCAUCCAGAUCCAGACGGAGAUUCAGAAGAUGAGGAUAGCGACUGUGCUACUCCGACGUUCGAAGCUGUCCGAGACCUCGCCCAUCGGAUCGCCAGCCAGACCCAGGGCUCCCACGUCUCGCGCAACGAUACGCACUACCUGCUAGCCAACGCUGCAACCCUUGGCAUGGAUGGAGGAAAUAUCAGGAGAAUGAUCCAGCUCGCCAACUACCGUAUCCGAAUUCUCAGACGACAGGCCAAAAAGCAGCUAAAGCUUGAAAGAGACGUUGAUCAAACUUUCCAAAAGCUUCAGAGCCAUCAGCAAAAGUAUCCACAAGUUGCAGAGACUCUCGCAUCCGAGUCCCUUGCUUGGUGUCGCCGCGAUCGUCCCGCUUUCGAGAACUUCCUCGCCCAUCAACGCAACGCCAUCCUCGCCGCGAAAGACCGCGCCAACCAAGCUGCCAUAAUGUGCUGGUACCCCAAAUCCCUCAUGCUGGACUCCUUCAGCAAAGCCCUCGAAGCAGACUGCCGCUGGCAUCACGCCGACAAGGGCCGAACGGCGCAAUUCGAGAUCGCAGAAGCCGACCUCGGCGACUCCGACUCCGAUUCUACGGAGCUACAUUUCAACCUCUUCGGCAUGAGUCUUGGUCGCUGCGGCUACGAAGUCGUGCCCGGCUAUCCUGACCUUCCUCGGGGUCGUUAUGUUAACUUCAUGCCGCCUGAGACUGGGCGGGAUCCGAGGCAGGGGGCUAGGGAGAUUUUGGCACAUUCGGCGAUUAGGAAGGUAAGGGUUAUGCAGGCCAAAGAAGAGCUUGUGGUCAAAGGCAGUGAGGCGCAUGCGUCGCAUCGGCUUGCGGAUGCUUCGGUGGGGAUUUGGGUCAGGCAGGCUGAGGCGUUCGUAGAGGAGGGGUAUUUCGAGGAUGAGAUGCUGAGGAGGGAGGUUCUUGAUGCUCUUGAGGACUUGGAGACGUUCCUUGAUGGACAUUAUCCUUGA